AUGGGUGGCGGAGAUUUAAACUUGAAAAAGUCGUUCCAUCCCGGUCUGCGGCGGAACCAGCAGGCCGUCUACGAAGAAGAACAAAAAGCCCUCGCCGAGCGCAAACGCACCCAGCAGCGCGUCAAUGAGAUCAAGGAGGAGCGCGCAAAGGAGGAGAUCCAGAGGCAGCUGGAGGCUGCGGGAGGCACCAAGAGGGUCGAUCGCGUCGACUGGAUGUACCAAGGCCCUACCGAUGGCCAGGCUGGUACGACCGAGGAAACAGAGGCCUAUCUGCUGGGCAAGAGGAGGAUCGACAACCUCAUCAAGGGCACCGACCACAAGAAGCUCGAAAAGGCCGCUGGGCAGGAGAGCUUCAUCGCGCUGCAAAACGCCAACAGCGCGCGAGACACAGCCGCCAAGAUCCGCGACGAUCCUCUGCUAGCCAUCAAGCGCCAGGAACAAGCCGCGUACGAGGCCAUGAUGAACGACCCCAUCAGACGCCGCCAGCUCCUCUCAUCCAUGGGCGUCGACGAGGGCAAGAAGAAGGAUCGGGACGGAGACGGCCAUGGACGGAAGCAUCGCAGACAUCGGAGCAGAGAUGGUGACGACGACCGACAUUCGCGACGCCGCCGCCGCCAAGAUUCCAGAUCUCGCAGCCCGCGGAGACGUCAUCACCAUCGAGACGACGAUUCAGAAUCUGGAGAACGCCGCCACAGCUACCGAGAAAGACGACGUCAUCACUCAAAAGACAGAGAUUCCGCGCCCAGUCGCAAAAGAGAUGCAUCGCAAGAGCGCGAGACGAGACCGCAUGGAAACGAUUCAUACCGAAAUCGCGAUGGCAGUCGUGACCGCCGAUACCGACAUUCCGAUUCCAACGGCAGAGGAGACCGUCCGCGUAGGCGCUCGCCGGCAAACACACGCCCCUACAAGGAGCACGAUGACCCUGGGCAAGAGGGGCAACGAGCGGAAGAACAGGCACGGAAGCUGGCUGCCAUGCAGUCGGCUGCAUCAGAGCUUGACCAGGAUCGAGAGACGCGACUGGCAGCUCUAGAGGAGCGAGAACGUGCCGCCAGAGAGUCUGACGACAGAGCUCGGGAGCGGGGAGGAGAUCGAGGCUUCGCCAACGGCCUGCAUCGGAAAGCAAUAAACAUGGAUAACCGAAGCAGACGCGGACAUGUACGGGAUAGAGAUUAG